AUGGAGAAGAAGUUCCUCCUACCAACCUUACUAGAAUUACUACUAAUACUAAUCCCUUGUUCAACUCCAUUGCCAACCAGCAACCUCACUGAUCUCCAAUCACUUCUUGCAUUGAAAUCCAAACUCAUCACUACUCACACCACCUUCUUCUCCAAUUGGAACACCACCUCCUUCUGCAACUGGAAUGGAGUUUCAUGCAACACUGCCAAACAUAGACUCAUCUCUCUCAAUCUUCAAUCUCUUUUUCUUCAAGGCACCAUCUCCCCUUCCAUUGCCAAUCUCUCUUUCCUCACCUCCUUAAACCUCUCCAACAAUUCUCUCCAUGGUUACAUCCCUCAAGACAUUGGAAAUCUCCGCCGUCUUAAGUACCUUGACCUCUCCAUCAAUGAGCUCACCGGAGCUAUACCUCCUUCUAUCUUUACUAGUUCUUCAUUGCAUUCCAUUGCUCUUGGCAAGAACAAGCUCUCUGGAGUGAUAACUGAUCAUCUUGUUCGUCUUCCUCAUAUUGAAUUUAUCUCCUUGUCUUAUAAUCAGAUCACCGGUUCGAUACCGACAAGCUUAGGCCAAUGCCGGAAACUACAUACACUGUCUCUGUCUUACAAUGAGUUCACCGGAAGUAUACCGCCGGAGCUCGGGAGCUUGUUGAGCCUGCAAGUCCUUAAUCUUGGUGUUAACAACCUCACUGGUUUCAUUCCAACCUCUCUUGCAAACCUCACAAGGCUUCAAAUCCUAAGCGUGAGUGAUAACCACUUGGAAGGUAACAUACCUGAAGAGUUUGGAAGUUUGCAUGGAUUGCUGUUCUUGAACUUGGCUGAAAAUUUUCUCUCUGGUGUUAUGCCAAAUUCAAUCUUCAAUCUUUCUUCACUGGAGAAACUCUCAUUCUCAUUCAAUAAUCUUUCCGGUAGUCUACCGAUGGAUAUCGGUUAUCGGUUGCCGAAACUUCAAGGACUGUAUGUGAGUGAGAACAAGUUCAGUGGAGAAGUUCCAAGUUCUCUGUCAAAUGCUUCAAUGUUAUCCAUUUUGGAGUUCUCUGAUAACUUUUUCAGUGGUUCAGUUCCUUAUUCACUUGGAGACUUGGAGUACCUGCAAGUACUUAGUCUUCAAGGAAACCAAUUAGAGAAUGGAGUUCAGUUCAUUGACACUCUUACAAGAUGCAGAUACUUGGAAAACUUGUUGAUUGGUGAGAAUAAUUUUGGUGGUUACCUUCCAGACUCCAUUGGGAAUCUCUCAACAAAACUUUUGAGAUUCAGAGCUCCAAAUUGUCAACUCAAAGGACGAAUCCCUGAAAGUAUAGGUAACAUGACUGGUUUGAUAUACCUGAACUUGCAUGAUAAUCAAUUCUCUGGAGUUAUUCCUUCUUCCAUUGCUCUGCUUCAGAACUUGCAACUUAUCUAUCUCUAUACAAACAGAAUUGGUGGCUCUAUACCUCCUGAACUCUGUCAAUUAACAUCUCUUUCAAUUCUCUCACUUUUUGAAAACAAGUUCACAGGAUCCAUUCCAGACUGCUUAAGCAACAUCACCGUUCUGCAACGCCUUUCGAUCGCUGGUAAUUCUCUAACAUCUACAAUUCCUGCAAGCAUUUGGACACUUGAAGGCCUCUACUUCCUCAACUUGUCAUUGAAUUCAUUAGUGGGACCUCUAAGUUCAGAUGUUGGGAAGUUGAAGGCUUUAGGAGAGCUUGAUCUAUCAUAUAACAACUUGAAUGGUAGCAUUCCUUUCUCUAUUGGAAAUCUCCAAAUGCUCAAGUAUCUAAUUCUAUCAUUCAACUCAUUUUCUGGUUUGAUACCUCAAUCAUUUGGCAAGUUGUUGAACAUAGAAGGCAUGGAUAUUUCUUCAAAUUCACUUACCGGGACAAUUCCCGAUUCCUUGGCAAACCUUUCUUACUUCAGUUUCAUAAAUAUGUCAUUCAAUCAUUUGGAGGGAGCGAUUCCAAGUGGAGGAGUAUUCUCCAAUCUCACCUCUGAAUCAUUCAUGGGGAACUUGGCAUUGUGUGGUGAAACAAAACUAGGUGUCUCACCUUGCAAGUUUAGUCACUCAACCAAAUCGAAGACAAAGAAUAUCCGGCUCAUAUAUAUUCUCCCAGCAAUCAUUGUGGCAAUCAUUGCAGCAGUGCUAGUCUCAUCAGCAUGCUUCUUCAUCAAGAAGAAGAAGAAGAAGCAGCAACAGCAGCAACAAGUUACAGUAAUGUAUCAUCCAACGCUAACGUACUAUGAACUCGUUCGGGCAACAGAAAACUUCAGCGAAGCCAAUUUGGUAGGUGUAGGAAGCCAUGGAUCAGUGUACAAAGGAGUGCUACAACUACAAGAAGCCAAUGUGGUGGCUAUAAAAGUACUGAAUUUGGAUUUAGAUGAUGCCAUCAAAAGCUUUGAUGUCGAAUGCGAAGUCUUGCGCAUGGUUAGGCAUAGAAAUCUUGUGAAAAUUAUAAGUACUUGUUCUAAUUUAGACUUCAAAGCUCUUGUUCUCCAGUUCAUGCCUUGUGGGAGUCUUGAGAGAUGGCUGCAUUCCGGGGAUUGUUACCUGAGUUUCAAUCAGAGAGUUAGUAUCAUGCUGGAUGUAGCAUUGGCAUUGGAGUAUCUACAUCAAGAGUACAUCCAAGUUGUUGUGCAUUGUGACUUGAAGCCAAGCAAUGUGCUUUUGGAUGAUGAAUUAAUAGCUCAUGUCAGUGAUUUUGGAAUUGCAAAGCUCUUGGCUGGAGAUAGAGAUGAUCAGUCUCUGAUACAAUCUGUUGCUCAAGGUACAAUAGGAUACAUGGCUCCAGAGUAUGGAUCGACGGGAAGAAUUUCUGUUAAAGGGGAUGUUUAUAGUUUCGGGAUUUUAUUAUUGGAGACGUUUACUGGGAGGAAGCCGACCGAUGAGAUGUUCAGCGGAGGAGAAAGUCUGAGGCAGUGGGUGAAUGGUGCAUUCCCAGCUUCAAUACUGCAAGUGAUGGAUGCCGGCUUAUUGGAAAACGAGGACAGCAUGGAGGAGUGUUUAUGUUCAGUCAUUGAACUGGGGCUUUUGUGCUCUAAGGAAUCUCCCCAAGAGAGGAUCAGCAUGAAGGAUGUCACUGUAAAACUGAAGAAAAUCAAGCUGGAAUUGAAUGCUACGACAAGCAUUGCUUAGGACCAUUGUUAAGCACACUGCACCUU